GUAAGUCGCGGGCCGCCGACACGAGUGCGCUCGAGGUGUAUCUUGUGCUGGACCACGUGUGUGAAAAACGUCGCGGCUCGGUGUCUCGCGCCCCCCCGGCGCGAAAGAAAAAAAUUGUAAAAAAAAGAAAGAAAGAAAAAGACAAGAAGGGCAAGACGCCGCGCACCACACACCCGACCGCGCUAAAGAAUCGAGGCGCGCGUUUUCCGCACCAAACUUACUCGUGAACAGCUGUGAGAUGCGAGAGGGCCUAGCGAUCGGAUUCCAUGCCGUUACGUUUUUGCAGUACGCUUCCGCGGUUUAUUACGAUUACACGUACACGAUCGUGCCGCACAAUGUCACGAGCGUGCACAACGCCUACGGUGGGAAGUUCAAGUUCCUAACGUUCUGGGAUGCGAUUCUGCAAGCGAUAUUCUUUUUGAUAUGUCUUCUGAACGAUCUAAUCGGCACGAACGCCGUAAACCCCAAGAAGCCGCCCUUCAUGCGGAAGCUGAAGGAUCAUUUACAUGCGAGUCUCGGGUUUCCCGUUGCUAUGUUCGUCGGCGUGACUUUCUGGGCGUUGAUGUUCGUGGACCGUGAGCUGGUGUUGCCGAAAGCGCUGGACCCAUACUUUCCAUGGUGGCUGAACCAUUUGAUGCACACGAUGAUCAUGGUGACGACCGUGUUAGAAAUGAUCGUCGCGCCACGACAAUAUCCCAAGCGAUCUCGCAGCCUCGGAAUACUUACUGGUUUCAUGCUCACGUACUUAGUUUGGAUACACGUAAUCUACUUUAAAAGCGGCGUCUGGGUGUACCCCGUGAUGGACGUGUUGACGCCGCCGCUACGGAUCGUGUUCUUCGCCGUGCUGCUGACGUUCUGCACGAUCCUAUACUUCGUCGGGGAGAUGCUGAACAACAUCAUCUGGGGAAAAAAAUACGUAGCGGUAACGGAGAGCGUGGAGCCGGAUAUGAAAACGUAGAAACGGCGGACGGACGAGAGGGAAUCUUAAAUGUACACGAUCGUAAUAUACCGAUCAUCCGGGGAUAACGUGCCGAGGACAUUUUCUUGCUACGAGUGAGAAGUGCCUUGGCGAAACCUAUUACGUUUACGGAAAGAAGAUAUUGACUCCGACGUUGAAACGAAAACAUAUGAUUAUCUAUGUAUGAUUAUAUUGGUACAGUUUAAUUCAGCGAGUAAUUUAAUGAUACGUAUGGCCUAAGAAUUGAUAUUGAUUGCCGUAACAUAUAUUUUCCUAGAAGUUUUAUUAAAAUAUGUUCCAUAGAUAGACUCUUGAUAUCUGUUUCCUGCCAGGAUAUUAAAUAAAGCUUAAAUUGGAACGUGUACGUCACGUCAAUAAGAAUUAUACAUUAUUUAUAGAAUGUGUCUCGCUAAUGGUUCGAUAUGCUACAAUAAAAAUAUAAAUGACGAUAAUUUUAUCUCUGAUUUUUCUCGGACAAGAAAGAUAUUUUAAAUGCAAUCAAUGAACUUGUAACACGUUGGGAGAGAAAGUAAUAUACAUUUUCGUAUUCCGCGUAUACAUAUUGUAAUAGUGAAAUUUUAGAGACGUUUAAAAAUAUUGAGAGAAUAAUUAGGCUAAUGUAACAAAUAUGAAAAAAAUGCGAUACGUAAAAUAGAGUACUCCAUAAAUAUAUUAAUAAUUAUUACAAAACAUGUAUAAAAUGUAAUGAUACAAAGAGACACAGCUUACAAUUAGUACUUUCCAAUAGAAACAUUUGUACUAGCCGCAAAUAUUCGACUUAUGUAUUAGUAAUAUAUAUAUAUAUAUCUAGCAAUAUAUAUAUCUAAUAUAUAUCGCUUACUUUUAUAUAUAUAUAUAUAUAUAUGUAUAUAUAAAAGUAAUCCGAUCUACUUUUUUGACUAUAAAAUGUGGCUGUUGCAAAAGUUAAUUAUUUAUUAGUCAAAAAAUCAAGAAUAUUCAUUGUUUUGCAUUCUAUGAAUGUGCUUCAAAUUAAUAUUACAUUAAAUGAGUAAAUAUUAAAUGGAUCUUUUUGUUUGCAAAGUAACCAUUAAUUUAUAGAUCAGUAAUAGAGAGAAUUGUAAAACGAGUUUUAUUCAGCCACUUUUGUUAAAAAAAAAUAGAUGUAUGAACAUACUCGCGCACACACACAUACAUAGAAUAUCUUACUGUCACAGAAUGUUCGAUACAUUCUUACAAACAUUGGAAGACAUACGAUAUUAGAAAUACAAUAGUAUCCACUUUUACGGGAAAAUAUGUACAACGUAAUGUAUUUAAGAUUCUAGUGUCAUCACAAAUUAAAAAUUAAUUACCUAGGACUCGAUGCGAGUUGUCACACACGCGACACACAACAGUUAUGGAUACCGUAUUAAAAUUUGAUUACUAUUUUAGCGAUAAUAAUAAAAUGUGGAAAAAUAUAUUUAUACAUAUUUUGUGUUGUACCUACGGAUCUUCUCAAGCGGCAUUAUUAACCCAGCUUUUGUUAUUCCAUCGUAUAAUAUUUACAAAAACGACCAAUAAAAUUUAUUACUUGA